AUGAUCACUUGCAGGUUUGGAUCGGUCUUUCUGCACCAAACCAGUAUUCCGGAUGACCGAGUGGAGGUUUCUGAAGCUGCCGGGACGACUCUCGGUCACUGGCUGUCUCCGGGAGUCUCAGACUCCGCGUCCCUUCGUCUCCACCUCAUCCAAGUUGACCUCAAGUCGCUCGGCCCGAUCGCCCUGAAGCGCCUUGAGCACGGCUUCACGACGUAUUUGUACCGAAAUCCCGGCCACGUAGCCGGCCAAGGCAAGAAGGCCGCAAAGGCCACAGACGAUGAAAGCGGCUCUGUUGGUGCUCAACAGUUUCUGCACCUGAAAGGGCCGAUUGGUACCAGAAAUGAGACCAUUUUGAGCGUGACCGAACUCCUCUAG